GGUCAUGUGGGCGGGGGGGUAGGUGGGGGGGGGUGGCGACAAGAUGGCGCUGAACAGGAAUCAUUCGCAGGAGGGAGGUGUCGUCAUCCCCAAUGCUGAGAGUGUUCUCAAACAGUGUAAAGAUGUGGAGCUCUCCUUCAGUGACAUAACGGUCAAGCAUGAAGCCUUCAAAGGCACCAAGAAGGGGAUACUGUAUCUCACCCCUUACAGGAUGAUCUUUGUCUCGAAGGGCAAGGAUCCUAUGCUGUCUUUCAUGAUGCCGUUUUAUUUGGUGAAAGGAUGCUCAAUCGAGCAGCCUGUUUUCUCUGCCAACUACAUCAAAGGACAGAUUCAGGCCGAGGCAGGAGGUGGCUGGGAAGGGCAGGGAACAUUUAAACUGACUUUCAGCAGUGGAGGAGCCAUUGAAUUUGGAGAGCUGAUGUUCAAAGCUGCCUCUAAUGCUUCCAGCGGCGUUCCUCUCCAGAACCCUGGCUAUGGCUACACACCCAUGCCCGGUGGGUACGCGCCCGUCCCGCCGGCUCCCGGGGGUUACGCACCUGCGCCGGGGGGCUACGCUGCUCCUCCACCACCAAACGGACCAUAUACUUAUACACCACCUCCGAUGAAUGCCUAUGGACCUGCUCCACAGCCCAUGGGAUAUCCAUAUGCCCAGACUCCAGGUAUUUACCCACCACUUCCAAACAUGAACCCCAUGUAUGUGCCACCUCCUCCCCCCUACUCCGGGCCAUCUCCUGCAGGACCCUCAGCUCCCUCAGCUCCCCCAGCCUGGGUGAGCCCAGGGAUGCCAGGGAGCAGUAAGGCCAUGGAAGCUGCUUCCAGUGCAUAUUACAACCCUGCCAACCCACACAAUGUGUACAUGCCCAUGGAUCAGCCACCUCCUUAUACACCUCCUGAGGACAAGAAGAACAACUAACAGAAGGAAAUUGCAACCAGCCUCCCACACCCUCUCUCUCUGAAGACGACUUGGUUCUUACUAUCCCUCGGGUUAGCAUAUCUCUAGGUCCCUUUGUAUAUAUACAGUAUAUGUAGUGCUGGGCAGCUGAGCACCUGCCCUCCUUAAACAUUAAGUCAGUGGCAAUACAAAGCAAAACAAUAGCA